CAUCUCGUUUGCUACAGUAUGAGUUUCCAUCAAUGGGAAUGACACUAAAAGUUGAUGUUACACAGGGAAAUUUGGCAGUUCGUGGAUCAUUUAGUGUUCAAAAUCCAAAUGAGCUCACACAAGAUUUCUCUGUCAUGAGCAAUGGCAAUGACAUUGAUUAUUUCAUUAGUCCCGAGUUAUAUGUACAGUCAACUACUGAUGAUGAUGAUGAUGGUGGAAGUCGCAGAAAGAGACAGACAUCAAUACCCACUAAUAUUACUGAUGCUAAUGUGUACUUGUCUAUUGUUGGAUUGAAUGAUAACAAUACAUUUGUAUUGAAUACUACUUUUGGUGACACUACUGAGUACAUUCCAUCAAGCACUGGUACCAGUGUUCUGGGCUCAAUGAUACUUAUAAUGGCUGCUUUGCUCUGUUUCCUCCUCUUUAUAUAAAUAUGGGAAGCUUGUCUUUGACUUUUUUAUUAGUAGCGUAGCUUAUUGUUAGAUCUAUAUGCUGCAUUGUUUUUUUUAAAGUGAUCAUUUUAUUUUAUUAGCAAUUUUUGCCGUUAAGUUUUGUGAUUACAUUUUUUUUCAAUAAUGAUGCCAGAUAGUCUGACAGUUAAUCAAA